AAGCAUCCACAAGUGUUUUGAUUUUUACAAGUGUUUCAUUGUAUCGACAAUAAUAAGAUACCUUUGUGAAAAUGAAUUCUUCCAUGAGUUUAAUUUAUGGGAUAUGUUGUGUACUUCUUAUCGUACUACAAAGUGUGCAAAGUAUUGAACAAGAACAAGCCUCAAGUAAUGUAGCCGCAGACGCAUCCAAACAUAAUCCACAAAAGCGUGGUAUUUUAGGUGGAUAUGGAUAUGGUGGACAUUUAGGUGGUCUUUAUGGAGGAUAUGGAUAUGGAUCCGGAUUAGGAUAUGGUCACGGCUAUGGAUAUGGAAUUCCAAUUGUCAAAAGUUACCAUCAAUCUUAUUCACCAAUUAUAUCGAAAGUCUCAUAUUCAGCACCUUUAUCCUAUGAUUUCGAUGAUUAUGGUCAUGGAUUAGGCUACGGAAGUUUUGGUUAUGGCGGUGGUAGCCAUUAUGGAGGUUUAGGAUAUAGUAUUGGUCAUGGAUUAGGACUUGGAUAUGGAUCAUACGGAGGUCACGGUUUGGGUGGAUAUGGUGGUUAUGGAUAUGGAAGUUACGGUUUAGGUGGAUAUGGAAGCUAUGGUGGAUUUGGAGGAUAUGGCCAUCAUUAUUGAUAAAAAAAUCCAUUGAGUUCUAAGUAAGAAAAACAUAAAUUGAUGGGCAUUUUUGAAUUUAAAUGUUAUUUUAAAAAAAUCAUUUAUUUUGUGAUUUUAUUUGCAACCAAAGAUAAUAUAAUGGAGUGGAAUUAAAUAAGCAUUGUUAUUACUGCUAACUGUUAAGUCAUACAUAUUGCAGAACAUAUUGCGUUCUAACUUCUAAACACAGUGUCCCAUUUGUGUUCAAGAAUAAUAGGUUCCACUUUUCGCUUCUCACUGUUUUUUAACUAUUAUUAGUAAAAAUCAAUUCAUGUGUUUUCUUACAUUAAAUCGUUACAUCUUUU